UUACACCAUUUGUACGUUUAUUUGAAAAUCAAACGGGCGCUAAAGGUAAGGAGGUGUAAUCAGUGAGUGCAAGUGAGACGAAUGUGGAAGGAACGAAGAGGAAACUGUUGGCAGGCUGUUGUGAUCUUGCCGUGAGACUGUAAGCGUGAAAAGCCAGUGUAAAAAUCCCUUAAAAUUAUCAAAAUGCUUUCGUAACUUCAUAUUAAUAUUUAAAAUCGAGAAACCGAGCUCUUCUCGUAGCUUUCGAUAUAUAAUUUAUCGGUUUCGGUGAGAGUGGAGCCGUUAAAAAGAGUAAAGAAUAUUUGGAUAUUGGUGUAAUAGAAAAAGACAAGCCAACGAAACACGUUUAUUCUUAGUUAAAAAUAUGGCUACAAUCAGAAUUUAUGAUGAUCAAGAAAAUCGAAUCACAGAAACUAGACGUGGAAAAGAAAAUGCUCUUCGAGAUCACCACCAAGGACACGGAGUUCAACAGAAACGAGCCGUACUCGGCGUCCUACACAACAAUUGCCAUAGGAACAAACCUGAGAACAGUAAUAAAGAUGAAAAAUUUGCUAAAGUUAAAGCAUUUUUACCACCACAAUUGGAGCCAUUCAAAGUAUAUGAAGAAAAAAGAGAUACAGCUCCAUUUCAAAUUUAUGAAGAAAAAGAAGAACAAUCGAUAAAUCAUAGAGAAACUCGAGAUGGUAAUGAAAUUCACACUAAACAUGUGAUAGAAAUUAAUAUUAAAUCGGAACAAGAAAGACCCGUUUUAGAAGUAAAUCCAGUGAAAAUCGUACCUAAAUACAGACCAGUACUUCAAGAAAUUACGACUUCUACUAAACAAGAGGAUGCAGAUUAUAAUCAUGGUAGCCCCAUGUCUUUGGAAAAAUCACUAGUAUCUGUCGAAUCUGCUACAAAAGAAAGGAAAAAAUGUGAUAUUCCAAAAGCUAUAAAAAAUAGUUUCUAUGAUGUUGAUGAAUACAGAGAAGAUAUUUAUAACUAUUUGAGAGUUGCUGAGACUAAUCACAGACCAAAACCAGGGUAUAUGAAAAAACAACCAGACAUAACAUACGAGAUGAGAGCAAUUCUUGUAGAUUGGCUAGUGGAAGUUGCUGAAGAAUAUCGUCUUCAAAGUGAAACUUUAUAUCUAGCAGUCUCUUAUGUUGAUAGAUUUUUAUCUUAUAUGAGUGUAGUUCGAGCAAAACUUCAACUGGUUGGUACUGCGGCUAUGUUUAUUGCAGCUAAAUAUGAAGAAAUUUAUGCACCUGAUGUUGGGGAAUUUGUUUACAUCACAGACGAUACUUAUUCUAAGAAACAAGUACUUAGAAUGGAACACCUAAUUCUUCGGGUUUUAUCUUUUGACCUCACCGUUCCCACACCUCUUACCUUUCUCAAGGAUUUGUGUAUAAGUAAUAACUUAUCGGAAAAAGUUUUAUUCCUUGCCAUGUACUUGUGUGAAUUAUCCCUACUCGAAGCUGAUGAUUAUCUACAAUUUUUGCCAAGUCAUUUAGCUGCUGCAGCCGUUGCUGUUGCACGACACACACUUCAAGAAGAAGCUUGGCCGCACGAGUUAGAAUUAUCUACGGGGUAUAGUUUUCAAGAUUUAAAAGAAUGCAUAAGGUGUUUGUGUGAAACUUUUGCAAAUGCUCCUACUCUUCCGCAACAGGCAAUACAAGAAAAAUAUAAGAGCCGUAAAUAUGGACAUGUAGCUCUAUUGCUACCUCGAAGUACUAAUAUUCUAUCAUAUGAUGAUGAUUCAGAGAGUGCCUGAUUGUAAGAACAAAAAAAAUUUUAAAGAGGAUAAAGUUCAGUCAAAAUGUCAUCUUUAUUUAUUAACGAACCUCUUCUAUCGUGAGGGAAUUGUUUUACAAAAACCUCAGGCUAAGACUGAUGCGUUACAGUUCAAAAAAAAUUUGUUUAAAUAUUUUAAUUUGAUAAAUGCACGAAUUUUUCAUCGGAAUUUCAUUUACAACGACUAUGCACGAAAUUGUGGAUAUUAUUAAUAUUAUUCUAAGAAUAGAUAAACACAAAAUAUGCUAGCGAGCGAAAGAUAAUCGCUAAAAAAUGAGCCGGAAAUUUGUUAGUCUUUUUUAUAUUAUCUAUAAAGAUUACUUUUUUAUGAAAUGAAAAAGAUUGUACACGGUUUUUACGGCAAGUUAUAGGAUUUUCUGAUUUUUUUAUCGUACCAAUGGAUACCAGAGUUUAAGUCAGGUGAAGAGAUGGAAUAUAAAAUUUGAUAUGUCUGGAUAUAUAUAUUUUAAAUAAGAUUUUUGUAUUUAUUAGAUGUAAGCAUUCAUACAGACGUCGUAGACAUGUGCAUGGCAGUACGAUAGUGAGAAUUAGUUUUUUAAUCUGAAAUUUUUUUUUUUAUCAAAAACAAAGCAACUUAUUACUACUUCAAUUUUUUUUCCUUGACAAAAAAAAAAUAAAUUUACAGGAAUUAAAAAAAAAAAAACUUCCAAAUCUGAACCAUACUACACACAAGUUUAGGAAAAAAGUAAAAGAUUUCAGUCAAUGAUAUAGAAUGGGUAAUAAACGUUUCGUAAAUUGAAAAAAACAACUCAAUUUAGAUGAAAAAAAUUAAAAAUUUUUUUAGAUUGUUUCCUCAUUUUUUAAUGAGUAAUAUUAAUUUAAACUACAUUAGUGAUAUUCUUCGCUUUCGCAUGUAAUUUCCAUCGAAAAUUGUUUUAAUGAUGGUGUAUAGUAUCAAUGGCAAGAAUAUUGAAUGAAUAUAGUGAUUGUUAAAAAUUAAUGAUCACUAAAUGUCAAUCAAAUAUGAAUGAAUGAAUAUUUGUUGUUUACCUAUGUAUUUGUAUCUCUUUUCAGACAAUAAUAAGCUCAAAAAAUA